AUGUUGAAAAAAGGUACCAAGAGGGUGCAAUUUGUUAGGAACUUGAUUAGGGAGGUUGCUGGAUUCGCUCCCUAUGAGAAACGUAUCACUGAGCUUCUUAAGGUUGGAAAGGACAAGCGUGCACUCAAGGUCGCCAAGAGAAAGCUUGGUACUCACAAGAGAGCAAAGAAGAAGAGAGAGGAGAUGUCAAGUGUCCUUAGGAAGAUGAGGUCUGCUGGUGGUGGUGGUGCUGGUGACAAGAAGAAAUAGAGAUGGGGCUCACGGGGGA